AUGGUUGAUAUAGACCAACCCCUUGCUGAGGAGACCCUCGAAGAGGGUGCCGACACAGCCCCUGAGUUCCAAGUCAGACAUGGUAUAGUCUGCGUUGAUGAUCCCGUUGCUGGUGGCUCUGGAGGGCCUGAACCCGAAGCUUCUCGGGAACUUAAUGCUCUAGGUGUCUUUACUUUGGGCCAUUCGUACUCACCGAGGGAAUUCAGGGAUGCACAGAACCCGAAUAUCGCCGAUGUGAGGGCUUUUCUCGGAGGGAAAAAUAUGCUUGAAGACCUCCUCGCUGGCAUCGACGAGAAUAUUAACCUUGAUGCCCCCGUCGCUCUCGAGGAGGCGGAGAGGCUUCAUCAGCACGCUAAGAAGAUGUAUGACCAUGCUUUUUCUAAGCUUCAAGGUGAGCUUUCAUGCUGUGGGAAGGAGGUCGAGAAGCUUACCCCAGAGUUAAAAGAGUCGAAGACCUCCUCUGCCCGAAAGGAGGAAGAGUUGAGCAGGCUUCAGGCCAGUUUGGAGGGAGUGUGCCAGGAAAGGGCUGGCCUUGCUGAGCAGAUUGGGCAAAAAGAUGCCCUCGUGGGGCGACUUCGGGGAGAGGCUGCUGCCAAGAAUGCGGAGAUCCUCAAGCUGAGGAGGCAAAAUGAGGUCGCAACCUCGAAGAGAGACCUAUUGCGGACAGAGUUGGCAUCAAUACAGGGUCUUCUUCGGAGUGCUCAGGAGGAUGUUGCGGUACUUUCUGCGGCCAAGGCUGAGGCCGAGGAAAAUGCAUCUUCAUAUAAGAAGGAUGCAAGGAGGCAAGCUCUCGAGAAGGCAAGCGCUAAAGGCGCCAAUCUCUCAGCUGAGAUUGAGGAAGCCCGAGACUUGGAGGAAGAAUCGGCAUUAUCGGCCACUUCGAAUGAGGGUUUUGGAGAUGAUCUGGAGAAUAGCAAUGGCGAAGAGUAG